GUAAUUCAAUAAGCACAUUGACAUUUCACAUGUAGCGUCGAUUAUAAGAGAUCAAAUCAAAUUAAGUUAGUAUUUUCUACGCUGUUGCGAAACUAAGACCUGGUCUGCCUCUCUAGAAUUGUUUAAAAAACUCUUGGCAUCACUCAAAACCCAAAAGUCAAAAUCUCAUUCUUUCCUGUUUUGUUUCAAAGACAAAGAAACAAGAUUCUUAAUUAAGAUUCUGACUAUGGACUUCGAUCUCUAGAGAGAGAGAGAGAGAGAGAGAGAGAGAGAGAGAGCCCUGAGGCUUUAACAAAAGGAAACGAAGAAUGAGAUUCGGGAAAGAGUUUGUGUCUAAGAUGAUCCCAGAAUGGCAAGAAGCUUACAUAGAUUACGCUUACCUCAAGACCAUUCUUCAAGACAUCCAAGCUUCUCGAAAGCUUUCGGAAUCCAGCAGCCAGAACAACAAACCUUCAUUCGCACGCAACCUAACCAGACGGUACAACCGCGACGCCUUGGUCUCUGAGGAUCACGACAUUGUUGUCAACACGGUGACUCGGGAGAUCGACACGACUUACGAGACGGUGUUUUUGAAGGCUGGAGAGGCAGGUGGAGACUCUGAGGUUGCUUUCUUUGGAACCCUAGAUCGAGAAUUCAACAAAGUGAAUAGCUUUUACAGGUCGAAAGUGGAGAAAGCGAGGAGCGAGGCCGUGUCUCUGUCCAAACAGAUGGAUGCUUUGAUUGCUUUCAGACUCAGAGUUAUGGAGAAGAAACCUUCUCACUCUGCUUCAGUCUCAGUAGACAUCGAUUCUUUAGCCUCUGAGAUUGGAUCAUCUUCCAAGUCUGGAGAACACAGAGUGGCGCUUGGUGAACUUAUGAGAAACGAGGAAACAGCGAAUGAGAGUAUUCUUGAGCGUAUCAGGAUGAACAAAACGCGGGAAUCUCCUCUGUCUGCCAUUAAAGCCAUCGUCAAGGUCCAUAAGCAGGACGAGCUCAAAUUCACAAGAGAUAAUCUCAAGAAAGCCGAGGAGCUACUUCAAAUAGCGUUUAUCGAGUUUUAUCAGAAGCUUCGGUAUCUUAAGAAUUACGCCUUCUUGAACACUUUGGCGAUAUCCAAGAUAAUGAAGAAGUAUGAUAAGAUAGCCGCAAGAAAUGCUUCGAAACUGUAUAUGGAAAUGGUGGAUGGCUCUUACCUCACUAGCUCCGAUGAAGUUCAUAAGCUGAUGCUAAGCGUUGAAUCUACUCUCACUGAACAUUUUUGCAAUUCAAACCGGAGCCAAGGGAUGAACCUCUUAAGACCAAAAGUGAACAAAGAAACUCAUCGGAUCACAUUUUCAACCGGCUUCUUCUUCGGCUGCGCUAUUUCUCUCAUAAUAGCUCUUGCUUUGAUCAUCCAUGCUCGUAAUAUCUUGGGCACACCGGGACAAAGAACUUACAUGGAAACAAUGUUCCCUCUUUACCGGUUCUUUGGGUUUGUGGUUUUGCACAUGAUCAUGUACGCUGCUAAUAUUUACUUCUGGAAGCGAUUCCGUGUCAAUUACUCCUUCAUCUUUGGAUUCAAACAAGGCACUGAACUUGGUUACAGACAUGUUCUACUUCUCAGCUUUGGUCUUGGUACACUUUCUUUGUGUGCUGUCUUAUUAAACCUUGACAUGGAAAUGGAUUCUCAAACAAAAGACUACAAAACAGUCACUGAACUUAUUCCCCUCUUUCUCCUCUCCCUAGUGAUUGCCAUUACUCUCUGCCCCUUCAACAUUUUGUAUCGGUCAAGCCGAUUCUUCUUCCUCGCGGUUCUGUUCCGCUGCAUCGCUGCACCAUUUUACACGGUGAAUCUUCCGGACUUUUUCUUAGCAGAUCAACUAACAAGCCAGGUUCAAGCAUUCAGGAGUCUAGAGUUCUACAUAUGCUACUAUGGAUUUGGAGAUUUCAGACAAAGACAAAGAAACACCUGCAGAUCAAACGAUGUGUUCACAACAUUCUACUUCAUUGUAGCCGUUAUACCUUACUGGUUACGAUUUAUUCAGUGCAUCCGAAGGAUAUUUGAAGACAAAGAUCUGGGUCAUGGUUACAAUGCAAUCAAGUAUCUUUUGACCAUCAUCGCUGCUUGUCUUAGAACAGCUUUUACUCUUAACAGAGGAACCACAUGGAACAUCACAGCUUGGGUUCUCUCAGGAGUUGCAACGCUUUACGCAACUUACUGGGACAUUGUUGUUGACUGGGGAUUGUUUCAAAGAGGAUGUAAGAACAGUUUCUUGAGAGAUAAGCUUCUUGUUCCUCACAAAACCGUGUAUUACGCUGCAAUGGUCCUGAAUGUUUUGUUGAGGUUAGUGUGGUUGCAAACAGUUCUGGAUCUGAAAUUCUCAUUCUUACAUAGAGAGACUCUUGUCGCGCUUCUGGCUUGCCUCGAGAUCAUACGCAGAGGCAUAUGGAACUUCUUCAGGCUGGAGAAUGAACAUUUGAACAACGUUGGGAAGUUCAGGGCGUUCAAAUCUGUCCCGUUACCGUUCAACUACCAGGAAGAUGGAGAUCAACACAGACUUGAAGUGAAACCUGGGAAACCUCAAUCUUGUGAUCUGAAAAAUGAAGAAGGGAAGGUUCACGUGACCCAGGCAACUCUAGGCGAGGGUUCGGGCAAAGAGAAGAGUGUCAUCAAGUGUUCGGUAGGAGACAAGACCCCGAUUUACCUGUGUUCAUUGUUGCCCAACAAAACCGAAUGCUGCCCUUUGAAUCUUGAAUUCAAUGAUGAUGACGAGACAGUUGAAUUCUCGGUGACUGGUCCCAGAAGCAUCCAUCUGUCUGGAUACCUGGAGGAAUAUGAUCAGGAAGGUGAUGAGCAGGACGAAGAUGAUUCAGAUGGUAUCGAUAUUGGUGAGAGUGAGUCAGAAGAGGCAUCUGACUCUGAAUAUGAUAGUGAAGAGGACCAGCUGGAUGAUCUUGAGGACUUCCUUGACACCAACCUUGAAAUGUAUCGGCAAGCUUCUGUCCCAAAGAGUGGAGUUGUAAUUGAGGAGAUAGAAGAAGAUGAAGAGAAGCCCGCCAAAGAUAAUAAGGCAAAGCGGCCCAAGAAGAAGAUUCAACCUACCAAAGACGAGAACGCAAAUAAACAAAUCAUUGUUAAAGAGAGUGCCCAUGUUCCAGUUCUGGAGAGCGAAGAUGAAGACGGCUUUCCUAUUCCCAAAGGAAAAGCACCUGAGCCAGAGAAUAAGACUGGUAAGAAGAUGGACUUAGAUGAUGAUGAACAAGGUAGCAGCAAAAAACGCAAGGCCAAGGCUUCUGAGCAAGAUGGUGUACAAGAAAGUGCCAACAAGAGUAAAAAGAAGAAAAAUCAGAAAGAAAAGAAGAAAGGGGAAGCUGAUGAACAAGUUCAGGCGGGAAAUGUGCUGAAAAAGCAAGAAUCAAGCCAAAAUUCUCCAACCCCGAAAGCUCAAAAGGGAACUGUGAACAAUGCCAUGAGUGAAAGCUCCAAUACCCCAGUUAAAUCUGCUGAGAAGAAAAAUAAGAAUAAGAAAAAGAAUAACUCAAGUGAGGAAGCUACAGUGGAGACUAAAACCAAUUCUAGUAAAGCUGAGAAAUCAAAAUCAGGCUCAAUUGAACGGAAUCAAGAGGACUCCAAGGCUUCUCAAGAACGGACAUACCCAAAUGGGCUCAUUGUUGAAGAGUUAGGCAUGGGCAAACCCAACGGCAAGAAAGCUGCUCCUGGAAAACAGGUUAGUGUCCGCUACAUUGGAAAGCUUCAGAAGAAUGGGAAGAUCUUCGAUUCCAACAUUGGAAAGAAGCCUUUUACCUUCCGUCUAGGUGUUGGACAAGUCAUUAAGGGAUGGGAUGUUGGCGUUAAUGGGAUGCGUGUCGGUGACAAAAGAAAGCUUACAAUUCCUCCAUCGAUGGGGUAUGGUGCGGGCGGUGCUGGUAGCCAAAUUCCUCCGAACGCUUGGCUGACCUUUGAUGUGGAACUGAUUGAUGUUAGGUGA